UUACCUUCUUGAUUUUCCAUUCUUCUCCACCCAACCCAAUUCAUUCACCGGUUUUCUAUAUACAUUUGAUAUAUCUUUCACUCCGCUUCCGCUUCCAUGUCAGAGAAACAAGCCCACUUGAAUGGAGCCUACUACGGCCCAUCCGUCCCGCCAAGAGAGACCUACCACCGCCCCGGCCGCGGAGGAGGUCUCCUCAGCUGCUGCUGCAGCUGCAUCUUCAGUCUCGUCUUCAAGCUCAUCUUCACCGCAGUUGUCUUGUUGGGCUUAGCCAUCCUCGUCUUCUGGCUCAUAGUCAGGCCAACCGGAGUCAAGUUCCACGUUACGGAUGCCACCCUCACCCAGUUCAACUUCUCCUCCGACAACAACCUCCACUACAAUCUCGCUGCCAACCUCACCAUCCGAAACCCCAACAAGAAGAUCGGCAUCUACUACGAUCGCAUCGAAGCCAGAGCCCUGUACGAGGGGCAAAGGUUCAGUACGGUUACUCUCACGCCGUUUUACCAAGGCCAUAAAACUACAAACGUUCUGAACCCGGUGUUUCAGGGACAACAAUUGAUUGUUGGAUCCAACUUGCUUGAGGAGUUUAAUCAACAGAAGAGUGCAGGGGUUUACGAGAUUGAGAUGAAGCUUUAUCUGAGGAUUCGGUUCAAGUUGGGUAGAAUCAAGACCGGAAAGUUCAAGCCUAGAAUUGAGUGUGACUUGAAGGUUCCUUUGAACGAAAAUGGGAAUUCAGUUGGUACUUUUCAGACUGAGAAGUGCUCCAUUGAUUACUUCAAUUGAUUCUGAUCGUCUAUAGCGGAGCAGACUAGCAGAGAUCUUCAGUCUUCUUGAUUUUUUUAUUUGUUUAUUUAGUCCUUGGUAGCAUGCAGACUACCAACUGCGGUAUUGGUUACCACAGCAGUUCUUAUCUUGUUCAUGACUUGAUCCUGCUGCAUUAGUAGGGUACCUGUCAUCAUGAGUGUACCUAUUAAGAUUCUUAUUCAUUUUGAGUGUACGUAAUACUUUAGUUUAGUUUUCACUAUGAUGAUCCGGGUGCGAUAUUACGCGUUACGCGUCUUUAUGUACAAUAAAACCUUAUAUACGUGACAUAUAUUAUCUUA